AUGUCCACCCGCCUCAGCCGCUGUCUUAAACAUCUAGAAGCCGCCGGCUUUUUUCGCUGCUCGCAUGACGCACUUACUCCACAUAUAGAGCUUCUGACCCAUGGCUCUGCCUAUGCCCAGCAGCUACAGCAGCAUUGGCUCCGCAUGCGCCCCUUGGCUGUUAAUUUGGGCAGCAAUUCCUCUACCGAUGCAUUGUGUCUCUCACGUUUUGGCUUUGUGCACUCGCAACUCUUCCGGCAGCACUUUCGACAGCUGCUGGAACUGCAUCCCAGCAAAGCAAAGUGUCCCACGCUUUUGAAGCAGCAACGCGCCGGCGAGACACAGCAAAGUCAAUCUAUUUUCCAGCCUGCCCAGUCCGUCACGCAUUUGAUCACCGAUUUCUUUGUGGAGCCGCAUCGUGGCUUGGAGCACUUUUACAAUGUGCAGCGCGAGAGCAAGAUCUGGUGGAUGCGCUAUUCCUCGAAUCCCAGUCGCUAUGCCAUUGUCGCUCAAGCCAAGCUGGAGAAACCAGCUGGCUGCCAGGCCAUCGAUAUUCGCGCUUCCUUUGGCGCAGCCGGGGAUGUGACGGUGGAGCAGCUGAGCUUGGUGCAGUUGCCAGCUGAGAGUGAGGACUUUCAGCUGCCAGACGCACGCACUGGUGCUCCACUAUUGCCCGCUGUGAUACGUUCGGUGAUUGAGCUGGAGCCCGCCAGCUGCGCCCUGCUGCUGGAUGGCUGUGAUCAUGGUCGAGAGGCACGUUCGCUGCUCCUCAAUCGAGUGCUGGCACCCUAUCAAUGCGCCAUUGCCGGCAUACAAAAGACGGAGCAAAUUCGAUCCGUGGAUCUGCAAGAUCUAUGCGCCCACGUCACAGAUGUGCUGCUGCGUGCCAAGCUGAGGCUGCAGCAGGAAGGAUAUGCGCUAGCGGCGAAUGCCAAACAGUUGACACAACAGCUAGAGACGUACGAUCGCCUGGGCGUGCCCUAUGCCCUGCUCCUGGACGAGCAGCAAACACUAAGCAACGGAUUGCUGCAGUUGCGCAGCCGGGACACACAGCUGGCGGAGACAGUGCACAUUAGCGACUUACCUGACUAUUUGUUAAAUAUAUUUAGAGACUAUUAAUUAUGUAAUAAUAUU